AUCAUACUAACUAGACUUACUGACUGUUUGAUAAAAUUAUUAUUAUUUUUGAAAGUGCAUAGGAACAAUUAUUCAAAGCGCGCGCGCUUACAGUAUUUGAAAAUUUUCUUUGUUAAGAAAGUGUCGAGGAACUUUUUUUUAGUGCAAUUUUAUACUGAUUAUUCAAGAUGAAUCUGAUUGUGUUUUCGGUGAAGAAAUAUGCUGCUAAAGCAAAAACCACAUACAAGAUGCAACCGCAGAAGUCCCUAGCGAUAUUCCUGUGCGUCAGCGGUAUUUGUUUCUUCUUCAUUCUAGCAGGAAUCCUAGCCAUAUGCCUAUCGACGAACAUCUACGAAGCCAUUUUGAGCAACCAAAUGGUGUUGAAGCCGAACAGCAACGCUUACAACAUGUGGGUCAAGAACCCGGUACCUAUUAGUCUUACUCUGUACAUGUUCAACUGGACCAAUCCCGAAGAGGUGUAUAAUAAAACCUCGAAACCUAGGUUCGAGCAGUUAGGGCCUUAUGUAUACAGAGAGACCAAAGAAAAGACUGAUGUCGUGUGGAAUAACGAUAACGAUACGGUUACUUUUAAGAAUAUCAAGACUUGGUGGUUCGAUCCGGAGAGUAGUAAAGGGAAUUUGUAUGAUCCUGUUACUAGUAUCAAUCCUGUAGCAUUGUCUGCAGCACACGCCGUCAGAAAUUGGCACAUGAUCAUCAAGAGAGGCUUUUCUGUAUCUCUACGAGCAAUCGCAGACACAAUUUAUUCAACUCACUCAGUAGGUGAGCUCCUUUUUGACGGAUACGAAGAUCCGCUCCUAACGAUGGCCGCCAAAAUGUCGUUUUUACCCAAAGGAGCCGCCAUGGAUAAAUUCGGAUGGUUCUAUGGGAGAAACGGUUCUUCGGAAUUCGACGGCAUCUUCAACAUCGACACAGGGGCCCGCGGCAAUUUGGGCGUACUCGAGCGAUGGAAGUUCAGCGAACACACGGGAUUUUAUCCUGACAAAUGCGGUAACGUGCAAAACGCAUCGGCUGGAGACUUUUUCCCUAGGAAGCUCACCCACGAUUCCGUCAUCAAAAUGUUCACGUCGGAUUUGUGCCGAUACAUGGAACUUGAAUUCGAGGAGGAAGUCUUAGUUAAUAACAUCGUCGGGUACAAAUACGUGGCUGGUCAGAAAUUUUUGGAUAACGGUACGAAAAUACCGGAAAACAAAUGUUUCUGCGACGGGGAUUGCAUGCCAUCGGGCGCUUUGAACGUUUCUAACUGCAGACACGGAUCGCCGGCCUUCGUAUCUUUGCCGCAUUUCUACAAGGCUGAUCCUUAUUAUCUGGACGGAGUCGAUGGAUUGAGUCCCGAAGAAAAUAUGCACUCGUUUUAUAUGAUAUUUGAACCAAACACUGGAAUUCCUUUGAGCGUAGCUGCAAGACUUCAACUCAAUCUUCGCUUGGCACCUGUACAAGGGAUAAGUAUUUUCGAAGACGUCCCGACAGUCUUCAUGCCCGUUCUCUACUUCGAACAAAAAGUUGACAUACCGGAACACAUGACGUUCAUGAUUAAACUGCUAAUCAACUUCAACGUCAUCUGUUUAUCGGUCGGAAUCAUCUGCAUCACGUUAUCGUCCAUCGUCUUCUUAAUCGUCUUCUACAAGAUGUGGUCGAAGAAGAUAUUCCGCAAACAGCGACAUGUACAGAUACCCAGACAUCCCAACAGAGAGGAGGUUCCACUAAAUCAUUGAUCGGUUUUAGGGCAUUGACGAGCUGAAGGAUGCAGAAGAAUAGGAAGAAGAAUUUGGUACCUACUUACUCAGAAUUGUGAUUGAUUUGAUUGAAUCUAUGGUCUCUAAGAGACCUGGUUGAUCUGCCGACUGCAAAAGCAUCUGAAAGACGUACUGAAACUUUGCAGAAAAAUUAUUAUUGUGAUAUGGAAAUUAACAGUUAUCGAGCGGUUAUACUUUUUUUAUAUUGUUACCUUACCAGUGAGAAACCAUUUUUUUGCAAAUACCACAAUCAGGAUGAACUUUUUUUAGUUCUAUUAAAAUAAACCAAUUUAAUAUUGAUAUAAUGAGACUCUCUCGUUGUUUUGUAUAAUAAAUAAUAAAUGGAAAUUGUGUGAUAAUGUUUUGUUUGAUAUUUCAGUGGUAUUUGUUAUUUAGUCUUUUUUAUAGAUUAUAUAUUGUUUAUUACUUUCAAUACGUGUAUAUAAAGCCAUAUAUAUUAGUUUUGUAAUAUAUUUAUUAAUGAAAUCAAAAAAGCCU